GUGCGAGAAUCAAAAGCAGGAAGUUGACAUUGGCAUGCGAUGCUCUGUGGUUACUUGUACAGAAUUUAAUGAUCUUGGCAUAAUUGGGUAAGCGAUUAGUGUAUGUCGUCAGCAGCGAGGAAACCUACAAGUGGAUGCUGGAUUGUGGGUCGGCGGAUGAUUUUCAAGCAGAGGGGAAGAAGAGAGUGAUAACCCAGUCACCAUAUUGUGAGUUUGAAGAUCUUGAUAGCAAUCCUCCAGAGCAGUGUAGAUAUUUGCUGAUUACAUAAUUGCUUUUGUUAUUGCAAGGGAAAAAAACUACCACAAAGCCACUAGUGCCAUUUCUCUAAAUGUCACAGAGAGUACAUCAAGUAAUCGUAAGUAAAAAAUAGACAAAUCCAGUCUGCCCAUGGUCAUAGAUUCUUCCGGUUUACAGAUAUAAAGCCGAUUCUUUGAUGCAUAAGUGUUAAUUGGUGACCACUGACCAGUGAUCUGACCAGGGAACUGAUAAGUAAUUACAGAGUGACCAUUUCCAAAGCACCUCAAUCCAGCAUGGCCCACACUCCUGAAAGUGAUUUUGAGACCUUCACCAGUUUCGCCAACCCAAACUACCGGCUGAACGACGACAUAAUCAACUCAAACAACACAGGCACCGAGGGUCACAGCAGCUCCGUGGGAGAGUUUGAAUCCUUUGAAGACCCAUAUGAAAGCAUCGACGUCACAUCAGCCAGUAGUCGCCAGGCCGAGGCCAAUAAAGGACGUAAAAAAUAUGCCCAGCUUGACCUCAUGGCAAUGGGCAUGAACUUGAAUGCCAACCCUGCUCAUGGUCAAUCCCCCAUGUCUGAUAGUGUCACCUCGCCAUCAUCGAUGACAACUUCGACGGCCAGUAUGGAUUCUCCCGAUGGCAAAUCUGGUGCGGGACUAUACGAAAGUGUGGAUUUUGGAUCAGAGGAGAAAAAACUUGUGAGUAUCGGGCACACGGAGGAGGGUGAAGAAGAAGAGACUCCCUAUGCCACCACUAGCACUUCCAGCAAAGGUUUUCUUGGGUACUACUCGAGUUUAGAAAAUUCGGCGAAAAGCAGUCUUGAAGAAAAGAAAGAGACGGAGAUUAAAGCAGAGAAUUCGGGUGCUACCAAAGACAAAAAGAAGGACAUCAACUCUCCAGACAGUGGCAUAUCAGCGGACCACCAUGACACGGAGUCCGAGACGUCACCCGGGGAUGUCAAACACAAAGUUGGUCCACUGACGGAAGACAUCUAUGCAAUUCCAGAAAGAAGAUCAAAGACAGAAGAGGUGCUUCUUCCUCCAGGCUGGGAGAAACAUGAAGACAAAGAAGGGCCCUACUACUGGCAUAUCAAAAGCGGAACCAUCCAGAGGGAGCCACCUCCUCCGCCGUCUCCAGGCACAGUACAGCGAGCCCAGAGGCAGGAGUCCCAGCCCAGUGAAACAGUUAAUGAGGCACCACAUGUGCCACAGAGGUCUUCCUUGGAGGUAGAAACUCUAGUUGGGAGUGUCAUGACUGCAGCAGACACCAGCAAAGAUGACAGCGCCAUCUGUGAGGAAGAGGUCCUCCAUGAAUUUGAUCCUCUGGCUGGCACACAGCCGGAAGGCCAGUUACAAUUCCAAGAGGGUGCUUUGGAGAGUCCCACAUCAGAAACAGGAGAGAAACCAAUCAGAUUUGCUGUUAGAUCUCUUGGUUGGGUGAAAAUAGCCGAAGAAGAUUUAACUCAAGAAAAGAGUAGUCGAGCCGUUAACAAAUGUAUUGUGGACUUGUCACUGGGGAAGAAUGAUAUCAACGAUGUGGUGGGAAGAUGGGGAGAUGGAAAGGAUCUAUUUAUGGACCUUGAUAGUAUCAGCCUGAGGCUUGUAGACCCUCAAGAUUUUACAGUUCUUAACUCCCAGUCCAUACACUCUAUACGAGUGUGGGGUGUAGGGCGAGACAACGGGAGGGAUUUUGCAUAUGUUGCAAGGGAUCCUGUCACGCGGAAGCACAUGUGCCACGUGUUUCGUUGCGAUACACCAGCAAGACAGAUUGCGAAUACCCUAAGAGACAUUUGCCAAAAGAUUUUAGCUGAGAAAAAAGAGGAUGCGCAAGCUGCUGCCAAUGGCACUGCUUUGCAGAAGAUGAGCGUAGCCAGGCCGGAUAAUUUACCCAACUUGAAGAAGACCAGUGACACAAAUGGACAGAAAAUUACAUUCGAGAGUUUGUAUCAAAAUGCGGCUUUCCCCACUCCAAUGGAGGAGCCAAAGAAAGUGAUCAAGUGCCAUUACCUUGGCUCCGCAGUUGUACAUAAACCCACAGGCGUUGAUGUCCUGAAUGCAGCUAUUGAUAGGAUAUACGCCAAGGUGCCACCAGAGAAGUGGGUCUUCGUGGAUGUGGGCGUGGCACCUUCUACUAUCACGAUAAGCGAACACAAGAAAGCUGAGAACAUUUUGGUGGAAAGCAGAGUUCGCUUCCUGUCUUUCAUGGGAAUAGCCAUGAAAAAUGUUAAACUUUGUGGGUACAUAAUGCACAAUGCCAAUGACCACUAUAUUGCCCAUGCAUUCCACUGUGAGCCUUCUGCAGGUGCCCUUUGUAAAACUAUUGAAGCAGCUUGUAAGCUUCGAUUCACCAAACUUCUCGAUUCACACCCUGCUCCGGCUGAGCUGCGGUAUCAGAAAUGCCUGGAUGCCCACCCACAAACACCUGACCACAAGAAACAACAACAAAGCAAGGGUAUUGGUGCUACAUUAAAGUCUGUUUUUGGAACUCUUGUUCCUAAGAAGAAAAACAGCAAGAGCUAACCAUACCAGUACUGUCACCUGGUGGCAGUUUAUGAGCGAAGAUGAGAAAGAGAUUGCACUUUUAGUUUUCAUUGGUCAAGGAAUCCUACCCCGCACCAAAUAUGUAACUUGUCAUCAUUGGCUAUGAUAGGAGGGCUUUAAUUGCUGCACAGCACAAAGACAUGUCUUAACCAUGCACCAUUCUGUGUGUUGUUGCCAAAGUUGGUAAAAUUAAAGCAACUCGAGAUUUAAACUUUUGGUACAGGAGAUGAAGUCACUGAUGUUGUACGUGGGUGGUUCAUCCUGAAUUUGAUGGACAUUUGGAAUUUAUGAGAAGAAUUCAUUCAUAAACGUUGUUAUGCCAUUCGCAAUGAAGACUUGGUUUGAAAAGAGUUUGAAAAAAAUUAUUUGAUUGCAGUGUUUUAUAGCUUCUAGUUUAUGAAUAACCAGCUUUCUAAUUUGGGUCAACCGCAGGCUACGGCAGUGCUACAUGUAUAAACAUAUGACGAUGAAGUCUUGCUGUACAGUUACAUGGUCAUUCAGAAAAGACAACACGAGCCCUAGAAAACAUUGCCUUAAUAUACAAAAUGAUAUACAUAUCACAGAAGAAAUGACGUAUCAUGGAAGUAACUAUGGAAAAGUUUAUCAUUAACCAUUGGGUCAGUAAUUUACUUCAUUGGAAGAUUAAUAUAAUAAAUUGACACUAAUCUCAAUUUUUGUGCAAUAAUAUGAAAACAGUUAAACAAAAUGUACAGCUGGCUUGCAGCUGUAGCUACAUGAGAUUACAGUACAUCCAAAGACAAUCAACCAUAUUUGUCAGCAAGGACAGGCCUCAUAAGUAGAUUUAUUAUCAGUGCAAUGGGUAUUAAUCAGGCACACAAACUUCCUUGUGUAUUCUUAUUAUUUUAUGAAUACUUCAUUUGUACAUGCUGAAUAUGGGCUUAAUAUAUAUGCUUCCUGUUCUUGUUAAUUUGCACAAAUUAUGAUCAACAUAUCGGUCACAGCUCUGGAGGUGGUCUUCAAAUUGAAGUGCACAGCUGUUAAAUGAACAUUUCUAUUGUACCUUUGGAGAUGUCCAUGGCAUUUAUGUGUAUUUGUUUGUGGCAGUAUAAAAUUCUGGUACAUCUCCCUACUUGCUUUGUAUCCCAUUGAACAGCCAGAGCUUGAGGAGUUUUAUUCCUUGAGUGAGAAUUCUGUAUGCAUUUAUACUCCUGUUAGUCCUUCACCUUGUAUUCUGCUCCAUCUUGAGAAAUUGGGAGUCUUCCAGGUUUUGUAAUUCUUGCACAUUAUUAGUCUUCACAAAAAAAAUGAAAUCUAGUCCCAUUAAGAGAGGAAGUUGAUGCAUUUUAGUGUAAAGGUAUAGGGUAAGAAAUACACACACACUCCACUGAACAUAUAAACUUUUAUUACAUUCUGUAUCAAAUUGCAUGAAACCUUGUACGUUAAAUGUAGCACAGGAAUUAUGUUAGUACAGUUGAGCAUUUAACACCUGCAGGGCCCAAAUUAACAAAUUAGAAUGAUAGUUCCCUACUCUUGCAGUGCAGCGUUAUUAAAAUGAGUUAUAAUUGUAAUUUAAAAAGCUAUGUGAAGUAUUUAAAUAUCUAGACUUAGUAUUAAAACGUGCUUGAAGCAUUCUUAAAACUGCUCAAUGUAUGUUAUGAUCAUAUUCCAUUUGCUGAGAGAAAUUGCUAAGAAAAUAAUUAGUUAAUGUUUGUGUGUCACAGUCUCAUUGUUCAAAGUCAUAUCAUGUGGUACAUGUAAAGGACAUAAGAAAAAAAUCAUGUUAAUUAUAAAUUUUGUAUCUAAGUCCAGUAACCUUAAGGUGUACAUUUUCAGCUUCUGCUGUGAUCUGCAUACUUCAGAAUUCAAAAGGAUACUACCACAAGUCAUCUUUUUGGGGCAUUGGCAAUGAUGUUUACUGAAAUACUUAUAUGGUGAAAUGCUGUCAAAUUUUCCCACGUGUAUACUUCUGUAUUAAGAUAUUGAAUUUGUGAUAGCUCAACAGUCUCAUGCAUUAGGGUAUGUUCAUUUAAAGGGGAAAAUGAAUCUAAGUAUCAGUUAAGUUCAAAUGGGUAACAACACUGGCCCACAUCCUCACAUUUGUGAAAUUUAGGGGAGAUGUUGGUAUGGAAGAAAAAAUAAUAAUUUUGAGAUUUAUUAUUAUAGUACAUUACUACAGUAUAUAAUUAAUAUUAACUUUAUACAUAUACAUGUAUACUGGUGAUUCCAUUUAAGUUCACCCUUUCAAGAAAAGUGUAAAUUUAUGUGCAAAAGUCAAAAUCAUUGUACAAAUUAUCAUUCCUGACAACCACGGUGGUGAACCAUUACUCCAAAUCAGUUUUAAGGAAGUUUUUUUUAACAUGAUUUAUUAAUAAACCCAGAUAAGAUUCGUGCAUCCAGCUGUUACUUAUACAUGUAUGUAAGAAAAACUUGUCCAGAGGGAUAUUCAAAUCGUCAUAUCACUGUUUGUCAAAUGAUCUUUUAGGGUCAUUUGUUGUAAAUAAGUAACUGCUUUAAAUAUAUAACUAGAAUUUUAAAUGAAUGUGUGAUACUUAUAGACCUAAUGGCUGCAUGAUAAAGAGAUGAAAUGUACUGAUGAGUGAAAUUAGAUUUUAAGACGUAAGUCGAUUCCUUUACUCUCUAUGUAAAGGUGAAUGAACAUUGUAUUGAGGAUAUAUAUAAUUGAAGAGUACCAUAUUUAGUAGCAUUUAGUCUUGUAAUUUGUCAGAAGUGGUUAUUUCAAUGAUCUCAACUAGUCACAGUAUGAAAAUCGGAUCUUGUGAUUAAAGGUUAUACAAGAACUGAUAACCUCAAUUGAUAAAAAUCUUGUACUUAGAUAAGCAGUUGAAAAAAAGUUCAGUAAGGGUACUGCCUGGUCACAUUACCCCUAGACCACGCAUCCCUGUAAUUUCUAGUAACUUAAGUCAAUGUUCAGUUGCAUUUGUGAUCAUUUUGUGCUAUUUUUUGUACUGUUUCAAUUAAAGAAAGUGGAAUAUCUAAGAAGAGUUUCUAACAAGCAAAUAUAGUAGAAUAUACUGUAUCUUAUAGACCCGAUGCUUCUAAUGAACUUCAUGUACUAUUAACUGAGAGCAUAUGCUUGUAGUUAUUUAACUUGUCCGGCAGCUUUAUUCAGCUCACAGUUACUGAUUAUAAACCUACUUUAAAUAUUAAUAAAAUAUACCUAUUAAAGUUUGCAUGAAUAAAGCCAUUUACCU